AUGGCUGACCGCUACACGUUUCCCUGCAACCCGGCAACAAACCCAAAGGCCAUUGUCACGGGCGGAAAGGGAGGCCACUAUCGCUUUUGCGUUCUGACGAACCGACUAAUACGCUUCGAAUGGUCAGAGGAUGGUGGCUUCGAGGACCGCGUGUCCACCUUUGCCCUCUUCAGAUGGUUCGAUGUCCCAAACUACCAAGUCAUAGACACGAACGACAGUCUCCAAAUCAUCACAGAGUACUUCCACCUUACCUACGACAAGAAGCCGUUCUCUUCCGAGGGGCUCUCGGUGAAAGUUGCCAACGAUGUCUGGCGAUACGACGGCAAGAGCUACGGCGACCUGGGCGGCACCGCCAGAACGCUUGACGGUGCCUAUGGCCGCGUCGAGCUGGAACCCGGCGUCCUGUCUCGCAAAGCCUAUGCAGUUCUGGAUGACAGCAAGUCCAUGUUGUUUGAUGAAAGAGGCUGGAUUGCAACACGUCUUCCGGGUCGCAUUGAUGGCUAUCUGUUCGCUUACAAUGGCGACCACAAAGCGGCCAUCAAAGACUUUUACCGCAUCUCUGGAAACCAGCCCAUUUUACCCCGAUUUACGCUCGGGAAUUGGUGGUCUCGAUACCACGAAUACACCGCCAGCGAGUAUCUCGAGCUUAUGGACCACUUUAAGCGCGAAGGUAUACCUCUCAAUGUCGCUGUCAUCGACAUGGACUGGCACAAGGUCAACAUACCGCCAAAGUACGGUUCAGGAUGGACUGGCUACAGCUGGAAUCGCGACCUCUUUCCGGAUCCAGAGGGCUUCCUUAAGGAACUCCACCGCCGGAAUCUGAAAGCCACACUCAAUGACCAUCCGGCUGACGGCAUCCGAGCCUUCGAGGAUCUGUACAAGGAGGUGGCCAAAGCUUUAAACCACGACACGUCUAACGAAGCGCCCAUUCUUUUUGACUGUACUGACCGAAAGUUCAUGGACGCCUAUUUCGACGUUUUGAAGGCCAGCCUCGAGAAGCAAGGUGUUGACUUUUGGUGGAUUGACUGGCAACAGGGGAACCAAUCUAAGAUACCCGGCGUGGACCCUCUGUGGGUGCUCAACCACUACCACUAUCUUACCAGCCAGCGCAAUUUGGCGACUCUGCAGAGACCCCUCACAUUCUCUCGAUAUGCCGGAGCCGGCUCACACCGGUACCCAAUCGGCUUCUCUGGCGACACCCAAAUCACUUGGGAGGGUCUAGACUUUCAACCCGAAUUCACCGCCACUGCCUCAAAUAUUGGCUACGGAUGGUGGAGUCAUGAUAUUGGCGGACAUUGGGGUGGCGUCCGAUCUAACCAGUUGACGGUCCGCUGGGUACAGCUAGGAUGCUUCUCACCUAUCCUGCGGCUGCACUCUACCAAGAACCUGUGGAAUUCCAAGGAGCCGUGGAACUUUGAGAAGGACGCCCACACAAUCAUUAAAGACUUCCUCAUCCUCCGCCAUCGAUUGAUCCCCUUCCUCUACACUAUGAACAUCCGGGCCAGUUAUGAGAAUGAGCCACUGAUCCAGCCCGUGUAUUGGAAUCAUAAGGAUGCGGAGGCUUACACGGUACCUACUCAGUACUACUUCGGGCCAGAUCUCAUCGUGGCACCCAUCACGUCGCCAGACAGCAGUACCACGCUCAUGGGCGGGGUGCGUGCCUGGCUGCCCCCUGGCCGUUUCGUUGAUCUCUUCCAACCCCACCUUGUCUACGACGGGAACCGCUACGUCCAUCUUCACCGCGAUUUGACCCAGAUUCCGGUUUUGGGAAAAGAGGGGACGAUCAUACCGCUCGACAGCAAGCCGAGGCUGGAGAACGGCGCUCCGAGACCAACCGAGAUUACGAUCCUCCUCGUCGUCGGCGCCGAUGGUCAAUUCGAGCUUGUCGAAGAGCCUGAGAAACCUGAUCCCUCUCCACAGCCGCCACUGAGCUCGUUUGUGCGGACCCCCAUUACAUGGAAUCAGAAGGACGGCAUCCUUGUUAUCGGUCCCGAGUGGAAUGGCUCCGGAAAGUGGCGGCAGUGGAACGUCAAGCUGGUCGGGCACACCAACUCGGACAUUCAGGCGCGCGUGCCCGGCUUCAGGGUCACGCAGGAGGACGGGUGCACGACGAUCGCGCUGGGAAAUGUGCAUCGGUGGAACCCAGACGGAUUUGAGAUUGCGCUGGGCUCCGACCUGCAGCUGGAUGUUGUUGAUAUCAGGACGCGGUUGUUCGACAUGCUGCAUCGGUGCGAGAUGUGGUAUGAUUCAAAGGAUCCGGUCUGGAAUCUUGUCACCAACUCGGCUGAUCCAAUUGAGACACGGGUCAAGCAAUUGCAAAGCCUGAAUGUCGACGCUGCGCUGAAGAACGCCGUCAUGGAGAUCUGGGCAGCCGACGGGCGGGCAUCAGGGAACGCGACGGGACAUGAGAUUUGGGCCAAUGUGCAGGGCAACGGAGUUGAAGGCGUUGAGGAGGCGUUGAGGGACUAUGUCAUUGUUUGA